AUGGGACUGAAUACAUUUGCAAACCGAACGUACAAUGAUUUAACACAAUAUCCAGUAUUCCCUUGGGUGAUCAAAGAUUACACCUCAGAUACGAUCGAUCUCAAUGACCCUGCCACAUACAGAGACCUCUCAAAGCCUGUCGGUGCUCUCAAUGAGAAACGUUUAAAGAAUAUUCUGGAGCGAUAUGAAGCCUUCCAGGACCAAUCCAUUCCUAAAUUUCACUAUGGAUCUCACUACAGUAGUGUCGGUGUGGUCUUAUUCUUUUUGUUGAGAUUGGAACCAUUCACAAGUUACAAUAUCAAACUACAAGGAGGCCAAUUCGAUUUGCCAGACCGAUUGUUCCACUCCCUACCUGUGUCUUGGGAAAAUUGUAUGACUUCCAACUCUGACGUGAAAGAACUCAUUCCAGAAUUCUUCUACAUGCCUGAAUUUUUGAGAAAUAACAAUGGUCUAAAUCUUGGUGUGAAACAAAAUAAGGAAGUUGUCAAUGAUGCUAUUUUACCACCAUGGGCUAAGACUCCAGAAGAAUUUAUUCGAAUCAACAGAGAAGCUCUUGAAAGUGAAUAUGUCUCAAAUCAUUUACAUGAAUGGAUUGACCUUAUUUUCGGAUACAAACAAACGGGUGUGGAAGCAGAAAAAGCUCACAAUCUAUUUUACUAUCUCACCUAUGAAGGUUCUGUGGAUUUGGAUGCUGUCGAUGAUCCUUUGCAACGAAAGGCCAUUGAAACACAAAUUAGCAACUUUGGUCAAACUCCAUCUCAACUCUUCAAGAAACCUCAUCCACAACGCUUGGCUAAGCCAACCAUUCCCAAACCAGAAUGGAAGCCCAACGCCUUUGUUCCAAUCUUCUCAUCGAGUAUUGCAAGUGUGACAACAGGAGGAAGUAGUAACGAUCUAUUGUUUGUACAACACAUCAAGUCCGAAGAUAAGGUGGUGGUUGUGGACUGUAAUCGACAACUCUUCCAACUCUCCAAGCUCAAACCAAAACCAACCUUAAUUGCCACAGUUGGAUCUCCCUUCGCCAAAGAUGAAAAUGCAAACUUCUCCAACUUUGUGUGCAGUAAGGAUGGAAAAUGGAUUUUCAGUUGUGGACAUUUCGAUAAGAGUAUCAAAUGCUCUGCCAUGUUUGAUAAGCUCAUUGUAAAACAAAGUAUUUUCCACCACACUGAUAUUGUGACAUGUCUUGCCAUGACCUCUGAUGGUAAAUUCCUUGUCAGUGGAUCAGCAGAUGCCACUGUCAAUGUUUAUGGCAUUAAUUACAUGAAAUUGAAACGUAACGCGCUUCGAAAUCAAGUGAAAGAUUUGAUGGCGAAUGUGAAUUUGGGAACUGCUGCAAGCGAUCCACUCACCGAUCAACCUCUCUGUAUUCUGUAUGGACACGAAGCAUCUGUACUUUGUGUCGAUGUCAGUGCUGAUUUGGACAUUGUCGCCAGUGGUGAUUCGGAUGGAUGUGUUUUGAUUCAUACUCUCUCAGAAGGAACCUAUAUUCGAACGAUUGAACAUCCUCUCCGUAACACUCUUCAUAUUGUGAAAAUAUCUUCAGACGGCCACUUGUUAAUGCACUCUGAAACCGAUUGCAGUCUUCACCUCUUCACCAUUAACGGAAAGCACAUUAAGAGUUUAGAUGUCAAUGAUCGAUUGAAAUCCAUAGAAAUUACUCCAGAUGCCAAAUAUGCCAUUUGUGGAGGCAUCAAAAAACAAGUCACGAUUCGAAGAUUGUAUGAUCUUGCCGAAUUACACACCUUUGAAACAUGUACGAGUGAAAUUAAGGCCAUUACAUUGGCUCACCCUACUGAAGAGUAUUAUCGUGAAGUUGUGGUUGCUCUUGCCGAUGGUACUGUACAUUUCUAUCCCAUUGAUCCUGAUCUUCUCGAUGCACCACGAGAGGAAUAUGAUAGUGAUACUGAAAAUGCUCUGAAUCAUUCCUAUCAAUUAGUUUAA